GGCUCCUGUGCCUUUAAGGCACUGAAGCAUGAUCACGUGAAAACCGUGGCGUGUGCAGUGAGCAUGUGCGUUUGUUAGAUGUACCUCGUGAAAGCCGGAACUACUGGAGCCACUAGAGAAAGUUUAAGUUUGUGCGUUGUUGACCAAAUGAAAAAAUCAGCGCAUCAAAUAAGUGCGACUUCUGAUAACACGGCUAGAAAAGGACAGUCUGAAGGAAGGGCACACGCAUUUCUAUUUAUGCCUGGCCUAAGUUGUUCUGGGGUGAUUCAUUUAAUUUUGUACGAGGAUAUACCAAAGAAAUUCCAACGGUUUAACAAGCAUCUUCCAAAAACAACCAUUGAACCAUCAAAAAGCAUAGCUGACAUCAUUUUACAGGAACUAAAUCCACUUAUGGAUGAAAUAAAUUCCUCAAGCCAUGAACAAAAUCAAACAACGAAGCAGCAUCAUGAAAAUCAAAAGGACACAGGAAAAUUCCAAAAACUACAAAAUUUUAAGUCACAGCUCUGGAAAGGCGUUUCUUUUAUCUCAGGAGACAUGCAUGCCUUUGCCAAAUGGCUGAAGGGAAAGUAUGUGGUAUUUCAGUUUUUUGAUUGGAUUCUGAGGGGUGUUGCCCAAGCGAUACUUGUUAACAAUCCUUUGAGUGGUCUUAUUAUAUUUGCCGGAAUAAUUUUACAAAACCCUUGGUGGGCACUAAAUGGAUUUGUGGGUAUCAUAUUUGCAACAAUAUCUGCCCUUAUUCUUCAGCAAAACAGGGGAGCCAUUGCUGCAGGAUUGUAUGGCUACAAUGGGAUCCUAGUGGGCCUUCUUAUGGCAGUGUUCUCUGAAAAGGGAGACUGGUACUGGUGGAUCCUGUUUCCAAAUAUUUUCAUGUCCAUGAUGUGCCCAAUUGUUUCAAGUGCUUUGGCUUCUAUCAACAGCAAAUGGGGCCUUCCAGUCCUUAAUCUGCCUGUUAACAUUUUAGUCUCCUUGCAUAUGGUGGCCACAGGACAUUACAAUCAUUAUUUCCCGCAGCUUCUCAUCAAACCCAUUGCUUCAACUCCUAAUCUCACCUGGUCAGAUGUCAAUGUUGGCAUGCUGUUUAGGGCUGUGCCAGUGGGUAUUGGACAAGUGUACUGCUGUGAUAAUCCAUGGACUGGAGGCAUUUUUAUUGUUGCUUUGUUCAUUUCAUCUCCCGUCACCUGUUUGCAUGCAGUAAUCGGCUCUGCUGCUGGUGUCCUGUCAGGCCUGGCUCUUGCAUCACCCUUCCAAAACAUCUACGAUGGCAUCUGGAGUUAUAACAGUGUGUUGGCUUGUAUAGCCAUAGGAGGAAUGUUCUACGCUUUGACAUGGCAGACUCAUCUUCUUGCUGUUGCUUGCGCCUUCUUCUGUGCUUACCUGGGAGCAGCAAUACGAAAUGUCAUGUCAGUGUUUGGUUUGCCUGCGUGCACGUGGCCCUUCUGCCUCUCAGCCCUGACCUUCUUGCUCAUCACCACUGAUGCAAAGGCCAUUUUUAGGCUGGAACUUGCUAACGUCACGUACCCCGAAGAAAACUUAAAAAUCUACAAAAAGAUGAGAAAACUCGAGAGGAUAGACUUAAAAGACGUUCAAAUUAGUGGUUAAAGCUGAAGCAACCAGACUGUUUCCAAAGCUCACAAAAACAACUUUAUUAAAACCUUUUUUGUUUUAAUAGUAGCACCUCUGAAAUUACAGUAUUAUAUAAGUUAUUGAAGUUAUUCUCCAAAACUAAUGGAGUUGCUAUUUUGAAAUCACUGUAAAAAUUCAAUUCACAAACAGAAGCAAGUAUACUUAAUUGAUGGACUCUUCUAAACUAGUAGACUAAUUAUGAACUUGUUAAGCAGAUUGAAGAAAUCAAAAUUUUACAAACGUGUACUAAGAAUGUUGUAUGGUUAAAGAAAAUAUUAACACCCAUACAGAGUUUAUGAAAGUGUUGAUUCAGGUAUAUCAUAUUAGUUUGUGUUUUAUAUUUGUAAUAAAUUUAGAGCACUUUGCAGAUAUCUGUUUUCACUUUGACAUUGAAAAGUCUUUUUCUGUUGGUCAGUGUUAAAAAAUCAAAUUAAAUCCACUGUGAUUAAAUGUUGUCUGAUAAUAAAGUAAGCAAACUUCCA